AACUUUUACGUAUGCUGUAAUCUUCUGAAUGAGGGAAGAAAAAGACGGCGUCAUCGUAAAACUCUAUAUCCGUCAAAUGUUGAGUGCAUUUCGAAAUAAAAAAAUUCUGUUCUUCGCAUUUCUGGUAUUAUGCCAUUGUUACACAUUUCUCUUGAUGUUGGGUCGUUGGGAUUAUUGGCAUUUUUCCGUCCACAGCCCGAGCCCCUCCCAACGAGAGCAAGCUAGUUCCCACCUUUAUUUCUACCAAGCGUUUCCUGUGAAGGCUCGGCCAUACAGCCAAACUAUGUUGCCGAGCCUUUUAGAAACUUCGCCGGUGUCAAUCUUCCUCGGCUCUUCGUUCUCGUUUUCAAUAAAAAAAAGUACAUUUUGCUGCCCUGUUAAGAUGUCGACUGUUAGAGGACUAGCUAGACUGUUCAUUGCAAGGUCCACACGGCUACUUGCGGGUAGGAAUGUAGCGAAUAGCUCCCCAGUCUCCUGUAGAUCCAGGUCUAUAUUUGCAGCAACUACACGUGGUGCUUCUCAGAAACCAAGAAUCCUUCCUGUUUCCUGUGCUUGCUCGCAAGUUUGCGUUUGUCAAAUGCACAAACACACACAAGCUGACAGUGAUAUAAUCAAAUUCCUGAAAGGUGAGAUACAGAGUGAGAGAGAUGCCGCCCCAAAGGUUCCAAUUUCAGACUUGUUCAAGGCUGAAGUAAAUGGAACACAAGUUAAAUUAGAGAGGGAACACAAUGCAGAAAGGAUUGUAGUGUCAUUUGACAUCAAUGAAAACACAAACAACGAUGAAGCAAGUUUCAGUGGCUCAGAUGAUGAAGGUGAAGUGGCUGGAAAGAUUGUUUCAUACCCUUUGUUUACUGUGGAAAUCAUAAAGAAAGCCGGUAAAACACUACAGUUCUACUGUGAGUUUAACACCCAACUUGAAGAUGAACACUCUGGAGAAGACGAGGGUCCUCACUUGUUCUAUAUUGUCAAUAUUGCUGUCUCAGAUGGUACCAACAAAGGAAAGACUUUUUAUUGUGCAGAAACAGAAAACAUGGAUGAAGACUUAUAUGGCAUGCUACUUAAGAUGUUAGCUGAAAGAGGAAUUGACAACCACUUUGCUGCAUGGCUACGUGACUAUAGCACAGCUAUGGAACAACAACAUUAUAUAAAGUUUCUUGAAGAUUUGCAAGGAUUUGUCAAACUUCAGUAAUAAGAGCCAGAAACAGGUUUAAAAUGAAAGAUUCCCUCAAAGACUUCUCCUGCUUAAAGACCCUUUGUUAAGUGUAGUAAAACCAGUCACAGUCAGGCUGUGUGCCACUGUUAUUAAGAGAUGCUGAGAAUUGGAUGAUUUCAACCUUACAAGUACAUCAGCAGGACAUGUUGGGGAAAAGCAGCCAUGCUACAGAUUGCAAAACAACAAUUCUAGAAAUUCUAACUAUUGCGGUUGAUGGCACUUAGUAACAUGUUGGCUUUUUCAUAUGGAACACUAUUUAAAAAGAAAUUCAGCAGUGCAUUUAGUAUGCUAAUGUAGGUGUUGUUUAUUGGACAACUGUACCUUUCUGUCACUUUAGAAGUGUUAAAAGACAUGAAAAUAACAGCUCAAAAGAAAGAAACAGUUCUUCUCUUUCUUAAGAAGGCAUUAUCAUGACAUUUUGAAUGAAGUUGCAGUGCAAAGUUUCUUUAUUUAAUACAGUCAAGUGACAUUGCAAUCCAGUUUAUGUCUACGAACCUCCAUCUUUAAAACUUGGUAGCUUUUAUUUUUGUUACAGUCAAAAUAAAAGUUCCUUUCAGCUCCUUU